AUGACGGACUCGCCGAUCAACAAGAGCGGGGGACACUGUCUCCCAGUACGGGAGGACGAUUCGAUUUCAGCACUCUAUUGGAUAUUGGGAGAAGGAAAGGAAUGGAAGAUAUUUGUUGAAAACCGUGUCCAAGAAAUCAGAAAAUUGGUCAAUCCUAACCUCUGGUCACACUGCCCAGGAAAGGAAAAUCCUGCACAUGUUCCUACUCGCAAUUAUGACGUCACGAAACUGCAAAUGAAUGAUCUUUGGUGGUCAGGUCCAGAAUGGUUAAAAGAAAAUCCUGGGAAUUGUCCUAACGUUGAUCGUCAAGAUGAAAUGCCGCAGGAAUGUCAAGAGGAAAUCCGUAAAAAUAAUGUCUCACAGGAGAAGUCCAGCACGGUUUUGCUAGCUGAUGCUGUGCAGAAAAAUUCUUUGAGAAAUGUAAUCAAGUUAGAGAAUUUCAGCAGCAUUUCACACCUCUAUCGCGUUACUUCAUACGUACUGCGUUUCCUUCAUAACUGCAGAAAGAAAAGUCAAAAAUUCGAUGGAGAGCUUUCAGCUGAAGAGAUGGCGAAGGCAGAAUUGUUUUGGAUUAAAGAAGUUCAAAAUGAUAUUUCUAAACACGAGAACAAGCAGUUUGAACGGCAACUAGGUAUUUUCAAAGACAAAGUCGGAAUUAUUCGUUGCGGAGGUUGUCUUAGUAAUGCAGACAUUCCUUUUGAAAGCAAAUUUCCAGCACUACUUCCCAGAGAAAAUCACCUUACAAAGUUAGUGAUACAGGAUUGUCACAAGCAUGUCUUUCACGGUGGCGUGAAGGAAACUCUUUUAGAAUUACGUAGUCACUUCUGGAUAGUAAAGGGACGUCAAGUUGUCAAGAAAGUUAUCGGCAAGUGUACUCUCUGUAAAAGGUUACAAGGAAUGUCCUAUGGAAAUCCUAAAACCGCGAACUUACCGCGCUUCAGAGUGGAAGAUUCUUUCCCAUUUACUUCAGUCGGAGUUGAUUUUGAUGUCAAGAGUGAUCAAAAGCAGAUGAAGAAGGUAUACAUCACGCUCUUCACAUGUGCUACUUCUCGCGCUGUACACCUUGAACUAGUCGACGAAUUAUCAGCUGAUGCGUUUCUAAUGUGUUUUCGUCGAUUUGCUGCACGUAGAGGCAUACCGUCUCUAGUCGUAUCAGACAACGCUAUGACAUUUUAA